AUGAAGGACUUCAAUGAAUUGAUUGAUAAGUUGGAACUGAUUGAUAUACCAAUGCUAGGCAGAAAUUUCACUUGGUGUAUUGUGAUGGAUGGUGAUAGAUGGAGUAGGAUUGAUAGAUUCCUUCUAGAUCCUAGGUGGUUGGAAAGAUUAAAGUUGAAACAGUGGGGGCUACCUCGAAGCAUUUCUGACCAUUGCCCAAUACUCCUCAUGGAAAAUGAGCGGGAUUGGGGUCCAAAACCUUUUAGAUUCAUAAAUGCAUGGUGCUUGCAUCCUAAAUUCAAAGAAGCAGUAAAGAAUUGUUGGGAAGGAACAAAGGUCAGUGGGUGGGCCAGUUAUAAGCUAUUGAAAAAGCUAGGAAAUCUGCGAGUACAUCUGAGAAGAUGGAACUGCGAGGUGUUUGGUAACCUUGAUGAGCAGCUGAAACAAGCAGAGGAUGAAAUUCAUGAAUGGGAUUUAAAAGCUGAAGAAAGGAUUCUCCAUGAUUCUGAGAUUAAAAGAAGGGCAGAAGUUAGAAGUUUAGCCUGGGAUUUGAGCAAGAAAAAGGAAUGGCUGUGGCAUCAAAAAUCUAGAAUGGUUUGGGCUCAAAAUGGGGAUAAAAAUACCAGAUUGUUUCAUAUAAUGGCAAGUAAAAGGCAAAGGAAAAACUUAUUGAACUCAGUUAAUGAGCAUGGAGUACUGCAUGAUCAGCUUGGGAUGAUUAAACAAGCUGUGGUUAGUCCAUCUGCUGCAGUGCUUGGUAGAUGUGCUUAG